UCUCCGUUCUUACUCCCUAUGAGGAUAUAAUUUGACCCAUCCAACCGACACCCCCACCCCCCAUUCCCUUCCCCCUUCCUAUAUAUACUCCUCUUCACACUCUUUCUCUUUAGGGAUUGCUGAAAACAGAAAUCCCGAUACCAGAUUUCAAAUUUAUAAAAACGGCCGCCCUCCGCCGGCCGGUCACACUUCCCAAAUAUGCAAUUCCAUUUAGCAUCGUCGUCGCCACCGGACACGAGCAAGACCUCCAAGCUGGAUCGCUAUAACAGCUACCUCAGAAAAGUCAACAAUACAAGACUCCUCGCCGCCUCUUCCAAAUUCCUCUUCAGAAUCACUCUGUUGAUUGCUCUGCUCCUGAUUUUCUUCUUCACCAUCAAUUACCCUCCGGUUUCCGAUAGCUCCGGCCACCGCCCCACCGUCCACGCAACGACCCACAAUUUAUUCUCAUCCGCCUUCUACGGCGGCGGCGCGUCAUGGGAGAAGCGGGUCCGCGCGUCCUCCACCCCCCGCCGCUCGAACGGGUUCUCUGUUCUGGUCACCGGCGCCGCCGGAUUCGUCGGGUCCCACAACGCUCUGGCGCUCAAGAAGCGUGGCGAUGGGGUUUUAGGGCUGGACAAUUUUAACCCUUACUACGAUCCUUCCCUGAAACGCGCUCGCCAGAAGCUUCUGGAGAAACACCAGAUCUUCAUCGUCGAGGGAGAUCUCAACGACGGCGAGCUUUUGAAGAAGCUUUUCGACAUUGUUCCGUUCACCCACGUGCUCCACCUGGCGGCGCAGGCCGGCGUACGGUACGCGAUGGAGAAUCCCCUGUCUUACGUUAGCUCCAACGUUGCCGGAUUCGUGAACCUUCUGGAAGUUUCCAAAGCCGCCGAUCCUCAGCCGGCGAUAGUCUGGGCUUCUUCUAGCUCCGUCUACGGGCUCAACACCAACGUCCCUUUCUCCGAGGACCACCGCACUGAUCAGCCGGCCAGUCUCUACGCCGCCACCAAGAAAGCCGGCGAGGAAAUCGCCCACACGUAUAACCACAUCUAUGGGCUUUCGUUAACUGGGCUGCGAUUCUUCACCGUCUACGGCCCAUGGGGCCGGCCCGAUAUGGCUUAUUUUUUCUUUACCAAGGAUAUGAUCCAGGGGAAGGCGAUUAACGUGUACGUGACCCAGGACGACAAGGACGUGGCGCGUGACUUCACGUACAUCGACGACGUCGUGAAGGGGUGCCUGGGGGCGCUGGACACGGCGGAGAAGAGCACCGGAAGCGGCGGCAAGAAGAAGAGGCCGGCGCAGCUGAGGGUUUACAACUUGGGGAACACGUCGCCGGUGUCGGUGCGGAAGUUAGUGGCAAUUCUUGAAAAUUUGUUGAACGUGAAGGCUAAAAAGAACGUGAUAAAGAUGCCACGAAACGGCGACGUUCCAUUCACCCACGCUAACGUAAGCCUAGCCUACAGAGACUUUGGGUACAAACCGACUACGGAUUUGUCAACGGGCUUGAGAAAGUUCGUCAAGUGGUACGUCAGCUAUUAUGGUAUUCAAUCGAGGGUAAAAAAGGAAUUAGACGGAACAGCUCUGUAGAUUUGGUCUUUUUUUUUUCUUUUUACCCUUUUCUGCUCAUAUUUGGGAUUUCUAUUCUUCCUUUCUUUUGAAAAAUAUUGAUGAUGUACUACUGUAUUAUUUAGUCAUUUAAGAUAGAUAUAUUUAUGUAACAAUAUGAAAAAGUGGCAAACUGUUUCAUGUGAAGUAAUAAAGACCGGAGGUGGAGUUUGAAAAAGGCAAGUAAAUUCCUGUUCAAGUUACUCUAUUAAUUGAAUCUGAAGAGACUAUAUUUAUUAUACUACGUAUCUUUAAAA